GUGACUUAUGGCGGCUUAGCAACACUAAAGCAGGUCCUGAUAUUUACCACAAAAUUUAGCUGAAAUCGUUGAUUGUGUUAGAAUUUUUCAAAAUGAGUUCUAGUGGCGAGGAAGAAGAAAUAAAAAAUGACCCAGAAGCACGUAUUGCAUUUCGCCGUUUGCGAAUUCAGAAGCGCAUAGAAGCUGCAACAAGAGCAGCAAUGGGGGAGGAUUUGGAUGAGAAGAAGGAUCUGACUGAGGAGCUGAGCAAGAGUAGAAAACAGAUUGAGGAAAGUCGACAGAGACUCACCAAGCUCGGGAAGGACGGCUUUGAGCUCGUCACAAACAUCCGGGUGGCCGGGGACUCAAGGGAGGCCAGUCGGAGAACAGAUGAGGAUGAAGCUAAACGACUCCGAAAAGAACGAUUGGAACAAGAAACAAAAUCGGGAUCAGAGAAGUUUGAAGAAAUAACGAAGAAAUGGGAGUCUGCAUUGCAGAAGGAAGUUCCACAGUCAUUGCAUGAUAUGCUGAAGCACCAGAAAACAUCAUGUGACACAAUGAUUGAGGAGAAAAACAAGCUCAUAAAUGACUUCCAGCAGGAAUUGAAAACUAAAGAUGACAUGUACGUUAAAGAUCUGAAGAAGAUGGCCGAAGACAUUGACCUGAUGAUUGAGAGAAUGGAGGAACAAGUGAAGAAUCUGAAUAAAGCUUACAGAGAAGAGUUACAGGAAAUAGAGAGAGCAUUUGUGUCUGAGCGGAACGAGUUGCUGGAUGAUAAGAAGACGACGUGGGAGGAUCAGAUGAUGAAGCGUCGUAACAAGGAGGAGGAGUACAUGUUGGCGCGUGAGGCCUCCGUCGAGGAGUACGAGCAGCAGCUACAACACCUGCGUGUCCAUGAUGCCGAGGAGUACAACAUCGUCAAAAUCAGACUGGAAACUGAUGUACAGAUUCUAGAACAGCAACUGCAGCAGAUGCGAGCAACAUACCAGCUGAACCAAGAGAAACUGGAGUAUAACUUCCAGGUGCUCAAGAAACGCGAUGAUGAGAACACCAUCACCAAGUCACAGCAGAAACGAAAAAUAACCAGACUUCAAGAUGUUUUAAAUAAUCUCCGAAUUAAGCUAGCCAAGCAAGAAAAACAAUACAGAGAUGAAAAUACUCAACUGACAGAAGACUACAAACGUAUAACAGAACAGUUCCAUGAUCUUCAGAGGAAAUCAAAACACUUCAUGAACACGGAUGCGAAGAAGUUCAGUGACGUGUGGAUUAUGAAUGAGGAUGAAUGCAAGGCGCUCGUCUCCGAGAUACUCAGUGCUGACCGCAUCAUACACGGGCAGCAGCUGGGCAUCGAGUGGGAAAGUCCAGACCUGACAUUUUUAGAAAAUAUAGGUCCAUUAAUGAAAGAUGAAGGAAAGGCACGUGGUUUAUCUGCCAGUCAGAUUGCACAGGAAGUGAUGUCAAUGGGAGAGUCUGACAUUACUCCAGCUGGGGUGCCUGCCCAUGACCCAGUGGAGGAUGCCGGGAGCCAGGGUGUGGAUGAAGUGGACGAGGAGAAGGACACUGACAAGGAAUGUGAGGAUGAAGUCCAGAAAGCCGGCAUCUUCUCCAAGAUCUCCGCUCAGACCAUCAAGCUCAUACUCGAGUUGCUCUGCGAUGAGUCGGGAUUCUUGGUUGAGUCAAAGCUGAACAAACUUCUUCAACCACUUGAAAAAGAUGAACGUUCACUGAUGAAGCUUGACGCCAUAUUUACAGCUUUGGGGAUUGAAACUGAAGAUGAUAUUCAUACUCUGUCAACAUAUUUCAUGCGGUUCAAGGAAAAGCAAGCCGCAGAAGAGGAAAAAAAAGAUGAGGGUAAUGAGAAACCAGAUGAGGAUCAGUCGGCCCCUGUAGAGCAAGGUUAUGACGAGUUAGAUGAAGAGGUUCAGCAGCUGACUACCAAGGAGGAGGGGGAGGGGGAGGCAGUGGAACCGGAGAAAGUGGAGCUCAUUCACCCCAACGAGGUCCUUAAAGCACUGCGAGCGUUUGUCUUCGACCACAGGAAGCCGUCCAAGGAGAAGGGAGGGAAAUCUCAGUUUAAAAUCACACGCCUGGAAGAGCGCGAUGACUCGGAAGACUCGGACUACUGGCAGAAGUAUGCCAGCGUGCUGUCGGAAAAGAAGGAACGUGUGUGGGACGCCAUGACAGCUGGCCUUGAAAAAUACUAUGAGGUGUUGACAAAUCGAGCAAAGUUAAUAACAGAAACUGACGCACUGACUCAACAAAAUGCUGAACUGCGGAUGUUGUUACAUCAGUAUGUCAACUCUAAGGUGAAUUCAGAAUUAGAGAUUCCACCAACCCGUGUUCUGCAAAUGGAGAUGAAUCCUUAGAUACCAUAACAAACAGUAUCUGAGAAAAACAUUCUAAGCAACUGAAACUCAAAGAAGUGUUUCUGAAAAACUGAAAAUGAAAAUACAAAUUGAGAUGGGUUUUUAUAAAAAUUACAUUGAAGACUAUUGUAAGUUAUAAAUAAUGAAAAAUAUAUCACAGUGAUUUUCAA